GAUAGCACUUGAUGUCUUGUCGACGUUCUCGCUAAGUCCUUGUGGACGAUUCGCGAUAAUUGUGUAAGCGAAUGGGUUACGGCUUCUUUGCAGUUAUCAGUCCUCAGUCUGACAGCACUAAACGACCAUGUUGUAGAGUCAUUACGUUAAUUUGAAGCAGAAAAGAUGAAAAAUAUGCAACCCCCUUCGCCGGGAAUCGAACCACGGACCUCUGGAUACCGGCCCAGUGUGCUGGCCAUUACACCACGAAGGCACGCUAGAGGGUUUUCUGCUGCACCUUGCUCACCUCCAAGAGCUGCCAUGCUUGUAGGUACUUAUGGAAACAUAGUUCACCACAACAAUUAUGUGCAGUAACACAAAAAAUGCAUUUUACCAAAACUAUACCGAUUAAUCGAUAUAGAAUGAAACGACUACCUCUGGCUGAUUGACUGUUUCUAGAUUAGUUGGUGCAAAUAAUGAUUUAUUCUUCAAAGUUUUUUUUUCUUCUGGUAACAAAAGAAAGUGUCAAAAAAUAGGAGUAUCUUCUAACCGCGAAAUUUUUGGAUUUUUCUACCAUAUCAGUUUAUUUAUUAUUAUUAUUAAAUUAUUUUAUUAAUAAUGUUUUAUAUCACUGUUAUGUGGAUCUUCUCAAAGCUUCUGUGACUAGCUGGUAAACGCUGCAUGGAGAAUUCGAAUUGCCUCAGCUAGUAGACUUGCCAUCUCUCUUGAUUUAGGAAGAAAACUACUUAUCUUUGACUGCACUUCUGCCAACUCAGUUUACAACGUAUUCCUUCCUAUUCCCUCUCUUAUUUCUUAAAUUUCACACUAGUUUGAUAUAACUGGGCAUAAUAUUCGUAUAUUGUCAUCCGAUGUCUUUGCGUUUCUCUCAUUACUAAAUGGUGUAAGAAAUGCUUUGAGAAAUUUUCAAGGAUGUUCAAUGGAAUUUAAUGGAAAAAUUUAAAGUUUCUGAUGGAUUUUAGAGUAUGGAUAACUAAAAAACUGCUGGUCAUUUUGAUAAUUUCGCAUCGCAGUCCAGAGUUCUAGGUACUUUUCAGUUUUCCUAUUGAAACAGUAACUAAAUCUAGAUCUAUAUAACGAUGAUAUAAAGAGAAAUUUUCAUUAGUAGAAGAAAACUAUAUUCCUUAAUAUAAAUACAUUAGAAAAUUGCUAUAAAAUUCCAAAUCGAAUUAUUAUUAAGAUAUUUGAUCAUUAGGAACAUUGGUAUAGAUUAAACUAGAAAUAUUUUUUGCUGUUUAAUCUAUAAUAUCAUUUAUGUGAUCGAAUUAUUCGUAAGUUAUUUUAACCGCUUUAUUUAAAUGCUUAUAUUUUAAACGCAAAUUCUGCUUCCCUCUUUGGUGAUUUUAAAAGAUAUGUGCGAAGAACAUGCAGUUCUUCCGGUAAUGCUGAAAUAAAGUGCACAGCUAUUUUACGCUGGCAAAUAAGCAAGAAUGAUUGAAAUUUGCUUUCACAAUACUGUUCAAAAACCUUUCUUACAUAGCAGGGUUUAGAGAUUUUCCAUUUCAGCUUUAACUGUUUACAAAUAUUUUGCGCAUGUAAUAAAUUAAAACUCUCUUUCUGCGCUAAAUUAAGCACGUGAAACUAAUAGUUGUUUGAUUUGUGCCAGCCAAAAUAAAAUAUGUUUGAAAGACAUUGCCAAAGACUGGCUAGAAGAGAGAAACAAACGAUCUUUUAUCAGAUUUUUUCCACUAAGUGUCUGCAACAGAUUUCGAAGAUUAUGACACACGGGAACUUCUUUCCCUUCGAUAUCCACCACUCUAUAUCGCUGACAGACGUUUUCGACGAAACACUGUUUUUAGAUGAGGAUUUUCAUUUAAUCUUAGCUUAGUAUUUUAAAAUGUGACAUUUAGGGCUCAAGCAGGUUUCUGUUUCUUGAGAUUUCGUGCUUUUCUUGUAGUGGAUGUUGAGAAAUUCCAUAAGGAGAGACCCACCUAUAAGAAUGCGUUCUUGGAUUCAUAUUAUCAAGCAGUUCCAUAGUAUAAUAGCACGACAUCUGUGGUCACAUUUGUGAAGGAAAUGAUUCCUGAUUUAAUUCGAAGCAAGAAAGUUUAAAAUUGAUACGAUGCUCAUUAUUCUAGCAUUUUUAUAUUUUCAAUACGGAGGAACAAAUUCAACAAUUAUCGAACCCACUGUAAAUUCGGAAGUAAAAUGCAGAAGCGAAAGAAAAAUGUACUACAAUUUUAAUGAUUUCAAGAUGGAUACUUGUGCUAGGUGCUAUAUGUAUAUGCCUCCCAUUCUUUUCCACAUAAAAUUUAAAUAUGAUGAAGAGAUGAACAUUCUUAGGGAUCCAAGAAGUAAUCUUUCUUACUACGCAGAUCCAUUUAACGUGAGUCAGGAACUCAGUAAUUCUUUCAUGGAGGAAUAUUUUUUCUGGAAAUGGAAAUCUUGCUGUGUGGCUGCAUGGAGAUGUUGUAUUCAUAUGACGGAAAAAUCACCACCUCCAUCUGAGGGAUCGUAUUGCCCAAGCACCUGGGAUGGCUGGCAAUGUUGGCCGGACACACCUGCUGGUAUUACAGCCAAUCAACCCUGUCAGAGUUACAUUUACUUCCAGUCUUCUCCACCAACCUGCCCAAAAUAUGCAUAUAAGAAAUGUUUGACAAAUGGAACGUGGUAUAAGAGAUUCAAUCUGUACGAAUGGACAAAUUACUUAAAAUGUGGCAGACGAGAUGAACAUCGGAGAUUUUUGUACUUCCAUAUUGCUACCCAUGCCAUCUCCAUUGUUUCUUUAAUUCCAGCUCUGAUCAUAUUUUUAGCCUACAAGCAAUUGCAAGUGCAUCGCAUUAUGAUGCACAGGAAUUUGUUUUUAUCUCUACUUUUAAACGGAGUUAUGAUGAUUCUUUUCAAGUCAAUCGUCAUGCUAGAUGAGUUUAAAAGGACUGACAUUUACAAUGGAGUAUUAAACAGAAAUCAAGCUGGAUGUAAAUUCUUACUUAUUUUGUCGAGAUAUUUCCGAAUGACUAACUACAUGUGGAUGUUCUGUGAAGGUUUCUACUUGCACAAACUAAUCUCAGCGGCUUUUGCAGAACAGAAAAAUCUCCUUAUAUUUUACAUCAUUGGAUGGGUUUUUCCCAUAGUGCCAGUUGGAAUUUAUGCAAUAUUAAGAGGAGUUUUUGCUAAUGAAAAAUGCUGGGCUUUACCUGCUGGUGUUUAUGAAUGGAUUAUUAAUGGACCGAAUUUGCUCAGCUUGCUAGUCAAUCUAUUCUUCCUCUGCCACAUAAUCUGUAUUCUUGUCACGAAACUACGUGCUACUCAUGCGAAUGAACCAAGUCAAUACAGGAAAGCCGUUCGUGCAACCCUGGUGCUCGUUCCACUUUUUGGUUUGCACUUCUGCCUCGCGAUUUACAGACCAGAGUCAGACAAGUGUGGUUUUAAGGAAGCUUAUGCGUAUUUUAACUAUGCCAUGGAUGGAUUACAGGGUUUUAUGGUUGCUGUUAUAUUUUGUUACUUGAAUGGAGAAGUAAUAUAUCUGAUGAAAAGGACUUAUCAGAAGUACAAGCUUCAUCAUCAGUUUCGUGGUUCAAUGCAGAAUAGUGCGAUAAUGAGAAGAUUGUCCGCAACGCAGGAUUCUACAAUGAACGACAGCCAACAUAAUCAUAAUUCCCACCAUAGACAUAAAAGUGGUGAUCAUAGAUUAAAAGAGAUCAACAAUCAUGCAAGAAAAGCGCCAUCAAGUGUUUAGAUAGGGUGAAGUGAUUAUUUAGCGCAAUUAUAAGUAAAUAAAGGCAUUUGGCAAAACGGAACAAUGCUGAAGUAAUUCUAUGUAUGCAGAGACACUAAUAAAAAGAGUACUAUGAAUUCGAUGAAACGCAUUCGUAGCACUAUGAAUUCGAAACAUAUUCAUGUCAUUCGAAACACAUUUAAAAUAAUAAAAGCAUUUUGAAUUUUUAUCCAUUUGAGAAGGAUUUUAUAUUUCGAAGAAGCAUCCAUUAAAAAAAGAUAAUUUAUUAUUCCAGUUCACGCAUCACCAUUUUAAGGUCUUAAACUGAGAUAUUCUCAUUGAAAAAUCUUCUCGAGAAAGCAUAUUGUUAAUUGUUCAGAUAUGAAGCUAAAGAGUUAUUCUCGAGAGAAAACGAAGUUUAGUAAUUUCUAAACCUUGAUUAACGUUUGUCCUUAGUGUAUGUGUCUGUUUUUCAAUUUAAAAGGCAAGCAAACCAAAGCCAAAUAAACUGAAAACAGCAGUUAUAUAAAACGUUCCAUGUACAAUGAACUGAUUAGAAUACUUCUGAUUUUUCAAAUAUGCUAUUUUCCUUUAUGUGUGUAUUAAAAUAUCAAUUUUGUAAUGUG